UUUCCACCGGCAGGAUAAAACCAUGAGGAGCACUCUGCUCUGUGAUUUGUAUACACUGUCUUGACAGCCGAGCCAGUAGACUGUCAACAUCCUACCUCGGUCACACACACAACGCAGGAUACGGUUGCAGGGACGGAGGGAGGCACGGAGAGCUAAAUAAAGCGCAUCCUCUUUACAGUAUGUUGGGCAACAGAAAGAAAGCAGUCCCCCAGGUGAAGAACGGAGCCGGGACGUCCGAAUUAAAGGCCAUUGAUCCUCUGCGGAAUCUGGGAGUGCAAAAUGAUGAAGAUGUGAGGCAGAUGCUGCAGGGCUCUAGUAUGGUGAAGGUUCGCUCGCCUCGCUGGCAGAAGCGUCGGGUUCUGAAGUUGCUGGAAGAUGGUGUCACCGUUUGGUGUCAAUCAUGCAAAACAUCGAGCCGGGCCAAGGAACAACAAUCCUUCUCCAUCAUGGAAGUGGAGUGUGUGCACGAAGGUUGCCAGUCAGAAACAUUGCGGCAGAUGGUUGGCUCAGUACCUGAAAACCAGUGUUUAACAGUGGUCUUCAAAGGGUCUCGUAAAAGCCUGGAUCUCCUCUGCCAAAGCCAAGAAGAAGCUCAGUGCUGGGCCCGUGGCAUCCGUACCCUGCAGGAGAGGAUGGACAACAUGACCCAGAAGGAGAAACUUGACCACUGGAUUCAUGCUUAUAUGAGUCGGGCUGACCGAAACCGCGACGACAAGAUGAGCUACGAUGAGGUCCAGAUGCUGCUGCAGAUGAUCAAUAUUGACUUGAAUGACCAGUAUGCUCGCAGCCUCUUCCAGAAAUGUGACCAGUCAGGUGACGGUCGUCUCGAUCACGGAGAGAUUGAAGUUUUCUGCAGGGAGUUGUUACGGAGGCCAGAACUGGACAUCAUAUUCAUUCGCUACUCUGCAAAUGGCUGUGUGCUUUCAGCUGUGGACCUGAGGGAUUUCCUAAAGGACCAGGGGGAAAAAAGAUGUUUAUUUAAUACCCUAUUUUUUAAACUUUGUUUCUCUUUGCCCAUUGCAGCCCAGAAGAAUAGCUUCAUGACUCCCAAUGGUUUCACCAUGUACAUGUUGUCAAAGGAAAACUGUGUGUUUAACCCAGAACACGCUAGAGUUUACCAAGACAUGGCACACCCACUGUCGCACUACUUCAUCUCCUCGUCCCACAACACCUACCUCACUAAGGACCAGCUGACUGGGAGCAGCAGCACAGAGCCUUACAUACGAGCUCUAAAACAUGGCUGUCGGUGUGUGGAGCUGGACUGUUGGGAUGGAGACAAAGGAGAACCAGUUAUCUAUCACGGACACACACUUACUUCCAAAGUGCCCUUCGUUGAAGUAAUUGAGACUAUCAAUGAGUAUGCUUUCAAAUCCUCUCCCUACCCUCUAAUCCUGUCUUUGGAGAACCACUGCUCUCUGGAGCAGCAGAAAGUUAUGGCUAGACAUCUGCACUCCAUUCUGGGAGACAAAUGUCUAACAAAGCCUCUUGAAGGCCUGGAUCCCCACAAUUUGCCUUCUCCAGAGGCUCUUAAAGGUAAAGUCCUAGUGAAGGGGAAGAAGGAGAGGUUGGAGGAAUGCUCGUCCAGCUCUUCAGACCUCAGUUCCUCAGAUGAGGAGACCAGCUGCACAGAAGGGAAACCCAGAAGGAAGGAGGAUAAAAAGGCAGGCGUCUCCAAGAUAACUCCGGAGCUAUCAGACCUGGUUGUGUACACUUGCAGUGUUCCCUUUAAAAGCUUCGAACAAGCUGCCAAAAGUCCAGCAACCAACAUGUCAUCUUUCUCCGAAAGUGAUGCACUCAGACAUAUUAAGGACUCAGGGGUGUAUUUUGUUCGUCACAACAGUCACCAGUUGAGCAGGAUCUACCCCUCAGGCCAGCGCCUCCAUUCCUCCAACUAUAACCCUCAGGAGAUGUGGAAUGCAGGCUGUCAAAUUGUUGCUCUGAACUUCCAAACACCUGGUGAGCAGAUGGAUUUGAACCAAGGCAGGUUUCUGCAGAAUGGUGAGUGUGGGUACAUUCUGAAACCUGCCUUCUUGUGUCAGCCUGACAGUACUUUCAAUCCUGAGAAUGUGGGAGGAGGUCCUGGCCACAAACCUGUCAUGCUCACUGUUCGGGUCAUUUCAGCUCAGCAGCUGCCUAAACCAGAAUGGGAUAAGCCCAGCUCCAUUGUGGACCCACAAGUGUGGGUGGAGAUCCACGGCGCUCCUAUUGACAACAAUAAGAAGAAAACGCAUUAUGUUGAAAACAAUGGCUUUAAUCCACGGUGGGACUGCACCUUUAACUUUACCGUCCAUGUCCCUGACUUGGCUCUGGUCCGCUUUUUGGUGGAGGAUCAUGACUAUACUUCCAGAAAUGACUUCCUGGGACAAUUCACUCUCCCUUUCCCCAGUGUCCGCACAGGUUAUCGUCAUGUCCGACUGCUCAAGAUGGAUGGAUCAAGCCUUUCACCUGCGUCACUCUUUAUACAUAUUAAGGUCACUUCCUGUCAGAACUCCAAAACUUCAGCAAAAUCACCAACCCACUUUCCAACCAAGAAUCCCUAAUCCCACGUCUGCCCUUCAGCCACAUGAUCAUUCCAUGGUAGUUAAUCAGAGAAAACUCAGUGGUUACAGCUUUCUCUCACAGAUGUAGCACCGGUAUCAUCAACUGAUUCAUUUUUUUACACAACAGUAUUGUUUCAAAACUGUAUUUGAGAUUUGUUAAGACAACAUUGUUAUGCAAUGCUAAAAGCCAAUUAGGUAAUACUGUGCAUACCAGUGACUUAUGAUACACCUAAGAUUUCAGAGCAGUGAAUUUAAGUGUCUGUUUUACGUGAAUUAUUGUAAUAAUGUCUCAUUUGUAGAAAGCUUCCCAAGUACUUUAAACUCUUAGAGUAGGGUCGGAGUCAGAGCUGAGAACUAAUAGAGUACAAGUACUUUGUAUUACAUACAUGUUGUUGUAGUUAAGUUGAAUUUUUAGCUCUGUUUUAGAUCUGUUUAUCUGUACGUUACUUGAGUAUUUAUUUUUCUGACAACUUUUACUUUUACUCCCUACAUCUUAACCAAAUAUUUCUGUAUAUCAAUAUACAUAUUUUAUACUCCUUACAUUUUCAAAUGUUUGUUACUUUAAAUUUAAGACUCUUGAGAAGAGUUAUUUCUUGACAUUUCACACUUUUAAACAUCAAAGUCACAGAUAACUGUUAGUGUAUCCAUCACAGGUUCUUAUAGCGUGUGAUGAAUUAAACAAAGGGAAAUCUAGCUAGUGCUACAGAAGAGGAUCAAGCAUAAAAGAAGUAACAUUAGUGGCAGGCAAUUGGAAGUACAAAGUUUCAAACAGCUUAAUGCAUACAUAUUGCCAAAAG